AUGGCGGAUAUUGGCCAGACAGGAAAUAUUGAUCGACUCUCCAGUAAUGGCCAGUACCGACUUGGCGCUUGCAUCUACAUUCCCCAAGGCCUGAAUUUUGCGAAGGAGCUGCUAGACGAUUUCAAGACAUCGAAGUUGUUCCAGGGGACCGAUCUGGAGAACUGCCGCAAAGGCAUCAACAUACUCCGUGACCUGAUGAUUGAGACUGCGGAAAAAAUGAGGCAUCGUCUACCCAAGCUGCUGGAAGAACAUGCAGCACUUAUUGCAGGUCUCGAGGACAGCGACAACAAGGAGGUUCAAGUGCUGGAGGAAGCUGUCGAGGACAUUUACGACCAGUACAAGACUGCACCUGAGGACAUGGCCUUGAGUGACUGCGACACCCAAGGCAUGAUCAUGGACAGGGACGACACUUUUGACGGUGUUGGCAACUCUUCUGAGUUCAUCUACGAUCUGUCUGAAGAGAUGAACCCAAGGGAGUACGGGGAGGAGACUGCGGCUUCUCUUUGGGCAUUUGUUUUCGCUGAGAGCGAUGAGGAUGACUCUUUCUCUGAUGUCGACCACGACCAGGCCAUUCCUACACUGGCGUUUGCAACUGUGGAGGAGGCGGACCAAAUUGAUAACAAGCUGUUGCAGCGACUGUUCGACCGUGGAGAGAUAGAGCCCCGUUCGGAUACUCCCAUGAGCACCCUCACGCUGCCUCUCCAUUUCGAGACGCAAAGCGACCUCAUCCUUAAGCCCGGACUGAACGGCACCAAGGCUUUGCAGGAAAACGAGGCUUCAAACUUGAAGACGACCAAGAAAUUGCGGCAGACCACCUAUGCAGCAAAAGUUGUCUCGUCAAGCAGCCCGUCUGUUGUCUCGCCCUUGAGGCAACCACUCAUCAGCGAUUCUCUGUUCAAGGGCGGUAAGGAGAAUUGA